AUGGCGAAGGUAUUUUUCAUAUUCGUAUCGUUACUUGCGGUCACUUUGGCAGAACCUCCGGUGAAAAGCUCGUACCUUCCGCCGAGUGCCAGUAGAAGUUUGAGCGGUCAGUACGGUGUACCGGCAUUCACGGAUUCGAACGAAUUGGUGGCACCUUCACCGAAUUCCGGGCUCAGUGUUCCCAGCGCGGCCGGAGGGUUGUCUAACACGUACGGAGUACCGUCGGCACCGGGUGCCAACGUGCCAUCCUUCGAUUCUAGCGACAGUAUCGCUGUAGACGCCGCAGGUAGAAGCGGAAAUUCGUUUUCGUCUCAUGUUCCUUCGUCGACUUACGGUGCUCCCGGAAACGGAUUCGGCGGUGGUUCUCGUUCAUCACAAUCUGGUGCACCAUCAUCGGUUUACGGACCUCCCCAAGCCCGAAACAACAAUUUCGGUAACGGCGCUGCUCCAUCUUCGGUCUACGGACCUCCCCAAGCCAGAAACAAUAAUUUCGGUAACGGUGCCGCUCCAUCUUCAUUGUACGGACCUCCACAAGCUAGGAACAACAAUUUCGGUAACGGCGCAGCCCCAUCUUCGGUCUAUGGACCUCCACAAGCUAGAAACAACAAUUUUGGUAACGCCGCCGCUCCAUCUUCAUUAAACGGUUUCGGAUCUCAAGGAUCCUCAGGUUUUCAAGGAUACGAACCAUCUAAACGAUCUCAAACCACCGAAGAUCCCUUCGCCGAACCCGCAAAAUACGAAUACGAUUAUAAGGUUCAAGCCUCGGACGAAACCGGUACCGAAUUCGGUCAUAAAGAAUCCAGAGAAAACGAAUCUGCACGUGGAGCCUACCACGUUUUAUUACCCGACGGAAGAAUGCAAAUCGUUCAAUACGAAGCAGACGAAACCGGAUACAGGCCACAGAUUCGAUACGAAGAUACCGGAUAUCCGUCCGCCGCCUCAUCGAGAUCUAACAACGGUUUCAACGGAUAUCAGUAUUAG